AGUACCUACCUUAGACUAGAGCAUCAUGACUACGGAUAAUUGUUUUCCUACUGCACACCCCAUUGGGUCCCAGAUCUACUCCUAGCUCUGCAGUUGCGGAUGGAAGUACCUUUUCCCUCAGAGGUACAAGACUGUUUGAAAUUGGCGCUAUUCCGUACUGUCAUCGAUUUUCACUAGAGCUGCCCGCUGCUGAGGGGAAGUUGAAGCCCGGCAUGAGGGGGGGGGGGGGGGGGGUCAGACAGAAACACGUCGUGAGGAGAUCAGACCUACGGUAAGGCGCGGUCGGUACUGUAGCAAUGCGUAACUCUAGGUAGGGAACGGGGCAGAAGCUACAGGGAAGAUAGAGAGAGACGGGACCUGCCCUGGGCCUAAGCUCCCUAAUCCCUAACUCGUCCAGUCCACUAUCCACUGGUGACGCCACUACAAACAACCCGAGCUAAGCUAACCUCACCUUACACUCUGUUUCUCACACACACUAUUCCUCCCACGCCCACACGCACGCACGCAACCUAGUAACCCAUGCAACAAACGCAUAGGACGAUACUGCCACUCAAUCGCACUCACCGUUCGCCGCAUCCCGAAAACCAUAGUCCAACGAGCAUGUUCCAAAAUGCGGAUCCCCGUGCAGCCGAAGUGGCCUCUCCCUUUGGCCCUUGUUCGUUGAUUCACCUCGUCCCCUAGGCUUGGUCAGAAUCGAGUCGAGUCCAGAAUAGAGACUCUUGUCUGAUCUGCUCUGAUCUCUCACAUCUCUGCUCUCACACCCUUCAACACCAAGAAUCUCACUCCCUCUCCCCCGCGACCGCCAAGAUGAGGCUUGAGUUUCUACACCCAGACGCCUAUCCUUGCCCUGUUGGCCCAUCAUACCAUACGCUUUAGGCCCGAGUACUAUCCAUACGUACCAUACCAUACCAGAGCAGACCAUACCACAUAGAUCAGUCCCUUCACUCUGGAUCACCCGUCCAACAUCUAUAUAAACUCUGCUCCCAUCGGUCUCAAGUCGUUUCUUUCUUCUCCAUCCUCAUCCAGAUCAUCAAUCAACUCUUCAACACUCUCAACAACUCUUCAGUCUUCACGACAACCUUUCGAUACCCUUCCAACCAAACAGCCAACCAACCACUCCAACAAUCAAAAUGGCCGCUCCCCAGAUUCCCGAGAAGCAGUGGGCUCAGGUUUUCGAGAAGACCGCCGGUCCUAUCGAGUACAAGCAGAUUCCCGUCCAGAAGCCCGGUCCCGAUGAGGUCCUCGUCAACGUCAAGUUCUCCGGUGUCUGCCACACUGAUCUCCACGCUUGGCAGGGUGACUGGCCCCUCGAUACCAAGCUGCCUCUUGUCGGUGGCCACGAGGGUGCUGGUGUUGUCGUUGCCCGCGGCGACCUUGUCAAGGAUGUCAAGAUUGGCGAGAAGGUCGGUAUCAAGUGGCUCAACGGUUCUUGCCUGAGCUGCUCUUACUGCCAGAACGCCGAUGAGUCUCUCUGCGCCGAGGCUCUCCUCUCCGGUUACACCGUCGACGGAUCUUUCCAGCAGUACGCCAUUGCCAAGGCUAUCCACGUUGCUCGCAUUCCUGAGGAGUGCGACCUCGAGUCCAUCUCCCCCAUUCUCUGCGCCGGUAUCACCGUCUACAAGGGUCUUAAGGAGUCCGGUGUCAAGGCCGGUCAAUCCAUUGCCAUCGUCGGUGCUGGUGGUGGUCUCGGUUCCAUCGCUGUCCAAUACUGCAAGGCCAUGGGUAUCCACGCCAUUGCCAUCGAUGGUGGUGAGGAGAAGGGAAAGCUCACCAAGGAGCUCGGAGCUACUGCUUAUGUCGACUUUACCACAACCAAGAACCUUGUCGCUGAUGUCAAGGCUACCACCUCCGAUGGUCUCGGACCUCACGCUGCUCUCCUCGUCGCUACCAACGAGAAGCCCUUCCAACAGGCUACCCAGUACAUCCGCUCUCGCGGUACUGUCGUCUGCAUUGGUCUCCCCGCCAAUGCUCAGUUCUCUGCUCCCGUCUUCGACACAGUUGUUCGUAUGAUCUCCAUCAAGGGAUCUUACGUCGGCAACCGUGCUGAUACCGCUGAGGCCAUUGACUUCUUCCGCCGCGGUCUCAUCAAGGUCCCCUUCAAGACUGUCGGUCUCUCUGAGCUCAACGAGGUCUACAAGCUCAUGAAGGCUGGCCAAAUUGUCGGUCGCUACGUCGUCGACACCAGCCGAUAAGCGCGCGGCUGUCGCUUGGGCAGUGCGCCAAAAAGCAAAAGCACGCCCCAAAAGAGAUAGACAGGGCUACCCAUCGCGCAAAGGGGUUUACCCUCUAAAGAGGAGUUCAGGCGGGAGUUGAUUUGGGUUUUCUGGCGGGUGUUGUCGAAGUAGCCAGAUGGAUGAUCUUGGUUACACUUUGUGUAUAGCCCUAGUUUAUGAGUUUUAUGAUUUCCCUUAGCAUCAAAUAACAGAACGAACAUUUCGAUCAACAAUGGUUUCCAAGCGACAUCUUUCACUCUGCACAUUGAUAUGAAUAAUACAGCACUCUUCAGUAAACUCUUCCAAUGACGAGGAGCAACGAUUUCCCCCAUGCUACCUUGCAUCAAUGUCUGCUUGCUAUUCGAGUUCGACUUAAGCCCUAUUGUACAUAGUCUAUAAAGGGAUGAAUAUUGCUCGAGAUAAUAAAACCCCCAAUUUUCUACCAUGAUCCUCUAUUUGAGAAGAACUCUUCAAAUUAUAGUGAGUCCCUUCGAAAAACGUGCUUAAUAAUCCUGUAAAGUUCUCUGAGCUGUUGUGGUUAUGAUCGAGUCUCACCUGGUCUCCAUGUAUCACAACAGAUGAACUUACAUGGACAGCUGAUUUCGAACAUGCUUAACCAGCUUGCAGAUGAAAUAUCAUAUUGAUAAUAACACAUACUUCCACGGAGCCAUUCCCACGGAGUUCAUCCAAACGCCUAAUGGCCAAGUAGUCUCAUCGUGACUAACACCGUAUCGUCUACCAGGAGAUGGGAUAAUAUCAUGUAUGAAAAUAUCACCAUGACGGGGGUCGAUUUACCCCUCCAUCCACUACAAAUCUGAUGCAACCCUCUCUGCAAGAACCCCUGCCAGCCACCAAGCCACUUCUAGAACAUCAUCAACCGUCCAGAAACAAAUAAUCAGACCACUGCUUAUGAAGAGCAUCUAGAGCGUCUAAGCGUAUCUUUUACGAACUGCUCGUUUUCUUGGCUGCAGAAGUUCUUU